CCAAUUACAAUCUCUUUGCACAGUUCACAGUUUCACUAGUAGCCAUUAUCAACUACUCUAAACUUGAUCUUUUUUCAGUGAGUAGAGUAAAAUCCCAAGAUGCCUCUUCCAUUAAUUCAAACCACCUCAAUAUUUCCAUCAUCUUUACAAUCAACAUCAACAUUAACCCAUUUUAAACUGUAUAAUUACAACCCAUUUGCUAAUUCUUCUAAUAGUAAUCCCAAUUUCCUUCCCAAAUCUUUUCUACCUGGAAUUCCACUAACCCUAAAAUAUUUUCUCUAUUCUAGAGCUUAUUAUUGUAAAAAGAAUUACUUUGGUCAGUCUAAUGCAAAUGCAAUUUGUGCUACUUUGCUUGAUAACCCUAUUUUAUGGGUUGGUAGAUUAUGCGUUUUUUAUGCUCUUUUGAAGACUGGUUUAGCUGGAUCUCAAACCAAUCCUCUUGUUUCAGAUUUAGGUGAUGGAAUUAGUAAUGAUGGUGCUGAUUUGGGAUUCUCUAAGUGGUUGGAAAAGUUCCAAAAGAAUCCAGACAAAGAAGCUUCUGACAAGCGGAAGUUGGUAAGCAAAUGGCAUCCCACAACAAAGGGAACACUUAGGAGGAACUAUAGGGUUCCUUCCAAACGAGAAGGACAACGGCUUCUUAAAGCUAUCGCUUCCUUACUCUCCGAGGAUGAUCACUUUGUAGAUGCUUCUUCCCACAAGGGUUGUCAAAUUAGAAGGGAAAGUGCACAUGGAGAAAGUGUAUGUUGCAACAAUGUAAGAGCCCUCUUUGAUGAGCUGCCAACGCCACAUAUUAUUGUUGAGAUUACACCCUUUCCUGCUGGACCGUUAACAGAGAAGGAUUACACCAAAGCUGAAAAGCUGGAGAAGGUGCUUCGAUCCAGCCCUACGGUUUAAUUUUUAUGUGUAUCUUGCCCUGUAACUUUGUAAAUAACGACACCUGACCCAGCUUUCCUUUGAAACCCAAACUUGUGUACCUUUUCGUCCUGCUUUGUUCGAAGAUUACAUCCAGUUGUACACUUGUACUGUCCUCAUAAACAUUUUCAUAUUGAAUGGAGCAUAGAUUUUAAUUGUUAUAA